AUGUUCCUGGGACCCCGGCCUUUCUCUUGCCUUGUGCUAUGGUUCAUGGCUACCAGCAAACAGCCAGCACAACAUGGCCUUGCAUCCUCCAAGCUCCUGUGGUGCUUGUGCUUCCUGGCUGUAAUGUCCCUCCCGAAGCAGGUGUGGGCACCUCCCUACACGGUAGGUGUGGUAGGCCCUUGGGCUUGUGAUCCAUUGUUCUCAAAAGCCCUGCCUGAGGUUGCUGCUAGAUUAGCUAUAGAGCGGAUCAACAGGGACCCAUCAUUGGACCUGGGCUACUCUUUUGAAUAUGUGAUUCUCAAUGAAGACUGCCAGACUUCCAGGGCCCUCUCCAGUUUUAUUUCCCACCACCAGAUGGCCUCAGGAUUUAUUGGACCUGCUAACCCUGGCUACUGUGAGGCCCCCUCGCUGCUGGGAAACAGCUGGAACAAAGGGAUUUUCUCUUGGGCUUGUGUGAAUCAUGAAUUAGACAAUAAAAAUAGCUACCUGACCUUUUCUCGGACACUCCCUUCUCCCAUCCGAGUGCUGGUAACUGUCAUGAAAUAUUUCCGGUGGGCUCAUGCGGGAGUCAUUUCCUCAAAUGAAGACAUUUGGGUGCACACAGCCAAUCAAGUUGCCAGUGCCCUUCGGAGCCGCGGCCUACCUGUAGGGGUCGUUCUGACCACAGGACAAGACAGACAAAGCAUUUUUAAAGCUCUUCAGAGGAUUCUGCAGGCAGACAGAAUUCGCAUAAUCAUCAUGUGUAUGCAUUCAGCCUUGAUUGGGGGAGAAACUCAGAGGCAUCUCUUGGAAUGGGCUCAUGAUCUGAAAAUGAUGGAUGGAACCUAUGUGUUUGUUCCCUAUGAUGCCCUGCUCUACAGUUUACCUUAUAAGCACAUGCCCUACCAGGUCCUGAAGAACAACCCAAAGCUCCGGGAGGCCUAUGAUGCUGUACUGACCAUUACAGUGGAGUCUAAUGAAAAGACCUUCUAUCAAGCCUAUACAGAGGCAGCAGUUAGAGGUGAAAUUCCCAAGCAGCUGGAGGCAGAUCAAGUUUCACCGUUGUUUGGAACCAUCUACAAUUCAAUUUACUUUAUCGCACAAGCCAUGAAUAAUGCUAUGAAAGAAAAUGGACGGGCUAGUGCUGCCAGCCUGGUUCAGCAUUCCAGAAACAUGCAGUUCUAUGGAUUCAACCAGUUGAUAAGGACAGAUUCAAAUGGAAAUGGAAUUUCUGAAUAUGUAAUUCUGGACACCAACUGGAAAGAAUGGGAACUCCAUAGCACCUACACUGUGGACGUGGAAAUGGAGCUGCUACGGUUUGGAGGGACCCCCAUUCACUUCCCUGGUGGCAGGCCCCCUCGAGCAGAUGCAAAAUGCUGGUUUACAGAAGGGAAGAUCUGCCGAGGAGGCAUCGACGCUGCCUUUGCCAUCAUGGUCUGUCUUGCUUUGCUUAUAGCCCUGCUGACUAUUAAUGGAUUUGCUUACUUUAUAAGGCAUCGUAUAAAUAAAAUCCAGUUCAUUAAAGGACCCAACAGAAUUCUACUGACUUUGGAGGAUGUGACAUUUGUUAAUCCCCAUCUUGGCAGUAAGAGAGCAAGUCAUGCCAGCGUAAGCUUCCAGAUCACCUCAGAGGUCCAAAGUGGGAGGUCCCCAAGGCUCUCCUUUUCUUCAGGGAGUCUAACUCCAGCUACGUAUGAAAACUCCAACAUAGCAAUUUAUGAGGGUGACUGGGUGUGGUUGAAAAAGUUGCCCUCUGGAGAUUUUGGCGACAUUAAGUCUAUCAAAUCAAGUGCAGGUGAUGUGUUUGAAAGGAUAAAGGACCUGCGUCAUGAGAAUAUCAAUCCUUUCUUGGGCUUCUUCUAUGAUUCGGGGAUGUUUGCCAUUGUCACAGAAUUCUGUUCCCGAAGGAGCCUAGAAGACAUACUGAUGAAUCAGGAUGUGAAGCUGGACUGGAUGUUUAAAUCAUCACUCCUGCUGGAUCUCAUCAAGGGCAUGAAGUACUUACACCAUAGAGAGUUUCUUCAUGGGAGACUGAAGUCUCGGAACUGUGUGGUAGAUGGGCGUUUUGUACUAAAAGUGACAGAUUAUGGCUUUAAUGACAUCUUGGAAACACUGAAACUCUCCCAAGAGGAACUUUCUGCAGAAGAGUUGCUGUGGACGGCCCCCGAACUGUUGAGAACCCUGAGGGGCAGCAAGUUGGGUUCUUUUGCAGGAGAUGUGUAUAGCUUUGCCAUCAUCAUGCAAGAAGUGAUGAUGCGGAGCACCCCAUUCUGCAUGAUGGAUUUGCCUGCCGAAGAAAUCAUAAACAGACUUAAGAAGCCUCCUCCUGUGUGCAGACCAGUGGUUCCACCUGAAUUUGCCCCACCAGAAUGUCUCCAGUUGAUGAAGCAGUGCUGGGCUGAGGCUGCAGAACAACGACCAACUUUUGAUGAAAUAUUUAACCAGUUUAAAACCUUCAAUAAAGGGAAGAAGACCAAUAUCAUUGAUUCUAUGCUUCGGAUGUUGGAGCAAUAUUCUAGCAACUUGGAAGAUUUGAUCUGGGAGCGGACCGAGGAGCUGGAAAUUGAAAAACAGAAAACGGAAAAGCUUCUAACACAGAUGCUACCACCAUCAGUUGCUGAAUCACUGAAAAGGGGUUGCACGGUAGAACCCGAGGGCUUUGACUUGGUUACCUUGUACUUCAGUGACAUUGUAGGCUUCACCACCAUCUCAGCCAUGAGUGAGCCCAUUGAAGUGGUGGAUCUUCUGAACGACCUGUACACACUCUUUGAUGCAAUCAUUGGCAGUCAUGAUGUCUACAAGAAACGGAACAGAGACUGGAGAGGGCCAGUUGUUGCUGGAGUAGUGGGCCUCACCAUGCCCAGAUACUGCUUGUUUGGAGACACUGUGAACACUGCUUCUCGGAUGGAAUCAACAGGGUUACCGUAUCGCAUUCAUGUCAGUUACAGCACAGUGACAAUUCUUCAAGCUCUGAGUGAGGGCUAUGAAGUGGAGCUCCGAGGAAAGACAGAGCUCAAGGGCAAAGGCACAGAAGAUACCUUCUGGCUGGUUGGAAAAAGAGGCUUCACGAAGCCCCUUCCUGUGCCCCCAUCAAUGGGCAAAGAUGGGCAAAUGGGCCAUGGCCUGCAACCAGUGGAGAUUGCAGCCUUUCAAAGGAGAAAAGCAGAAAGGCAGCUGAUGAGAAACAAACUGUAA